GGUCAUAUGAAUAUGUUUGUAUGUAUACAAAUAUGUGCAUUUGUGAUGUUGUUUUAAUUCGAUUAUAAUUUGACCGCAUUUUGCUUUUAAACCCUAAAUGGACACACCGAUCUUCUACCAGGCGUGUUCCACACACAUUCAAGCCAUAUGCAAACGCGGUCACCGGAUCAAUUGUCUAAACUAUAACUCCAAAAGUAAUUCGUUGAUUGUAAUUAACGUCUUGACGCUUGAUAUGCAUAACAAAAGCCAACUUGACAGCAUUUUUUUGUGAAUCGUGUAGGUUAACAAAUAAUUUUUCGUAUAAAACUAGAGCGAUUUUUGCGAAUCUGCAUCAAAUCAAUUUAGUGUCUUCGUUAGCAAACUACUGCUUAAAAGGUUUCCGAAAGAUAAUUACCUUAAAAAUGAAUAAAUUUAUGCUUAUUGCCAUCAUCGCUUCGCUAGCCUGUGUUGCCCACGGAGCUAUUAGUCAGGGCACUCACGCGGAGACGCUGAAGCAUAAUAGCCAACUGAACGGAGAUGGCAGCUACAAACUCGACUACUCGACUUCCAAUGGUAUUAGCGCUCAAGAGGAAGGCUUUGGUGGUCAUCAUGCCAGCGGCGGUUUCGCGUAUUACUCACCUGAAGGUGAACUCAUUCAGCUCUCUUACUUGGCUGAUGACAACGGUUUCAAACCACAGGGCAAUCACUUGCCCACACCUCCACCAAUUCCACCACAAAUCCUCAAGUCCUUGGAAUACAUUCGCCUUCACCCAUAUGAUGAGGACGCUGCCCAUCAUAAGCAACAACACCAGCAGCAGCAACAUCGCCCACAGCAACAGGCUCGCCAGCAACAAUUCCAUCAUGUGGCAGCACCGAGCCACCAAGUGAAAAACUUUCGUCGCCCAGCUCAACGUAGCCACUUUUAAGAAACCAAAAGUCGAAUAGCUAUUUUAAAUAAAAGACAAGUUCCUACAUCAAAGCUCAUUAAAAGUACGAAACUUUUUAAAAUAAUAAGCCCCUA